UUCAGAUUCUGAUUGGUGGAGGGGAUCAUUCCUGCUCGUUGAUUGGCUAGGGAGCAGCCCUGCGGUCUUUCCCCUUCCGCUGGGGCUGACCUUGCCGGGAGCGGAGCAGCCGCAGCCAUGGUGGCGUACUGGCGGCAGGCCGGGCUCAGUUACAUCCGCUACUCCCAGAUCUGCGCCCAGGUGGUGCGGGCGGCAAUGAAGCCUCAGUACAAAGCAGAGGCAGAGAGGGCGGCGAUGGCCACCGUGAAGACUGUGAAACCCAAGAAGGAAUAAAACGAACUGAUCUGCAGUGAAUACUCCUAACAGCAAACGGCAAAGCUGUAGGCAAGCUGAAGACUCUGCAAUGUAAUGUCAUCACAUUAACUGUAAAACUUGCCCCUCUAUGUAAACCAGCAUCCAAAUAAAUGUAAUCUAUGUGGAA